AUGGCGCACGCAAAGGACACGUGUCGCCCUUUCGGGUUUUUAGUGUCUCUUUUGGCUGUUUUUCUCGUUUGCUUCCACUUAACCGAAGCGGGAGGAAAAACGCUUGUCCUUUUGGAUAAUUCCAACACAAGGGAGACUCAUUCUAUCUUUUUUAACUCUCUGAAAGGUAAGAACGAAGUCUGGGAAAAGCAAGCCACUAGAGAACAAAAGACUGCUCCUCAUCAUAUUAGUUGAGAUCAGUUGAUUUCCUUUCACCUUGUGCAACAUGUUUUUUAAUCUAUGUAAUGCGUCUUUUUUGUUCCCGUAUAAGAACAUACGUGUAUUUUUAGAUCUAUAAUAGUGUAUCCGAGGAUACCAGUGUCUCAAUUUCAUAAUGGUAACAGGACUUAGUGGAGUCCAAUUCGGUCUGUAAUCAUACAAGCAAUUAACAAAAUCGGACGACUUUGUAGCGGGAGUCCGAUUUGCUUAAUCUGUCCCAUUAGUGUUGAAUUUAGGACAGUUGAUAGCCAAUUAGAUUUUGUUUUAUGAUUAAAGGGGUUAUGUCACCCCACACGCAUGCGUGAGCCAAUGAAAACAAACUUGAAAAAGUCGGCCCGACUUUUUCAAGUUGUGUCGGAGAUUUUGGAAGGCUGUUUUUAUCUGUCUAAAUCUCAGCCAUCGUUCGAUAAUUAGCAAAAUUUUGUAUUAAUAAUCGUUCUAUGGUGAUUACAGAAUAAUUUUUUGGCGUUUAUUUUGAAAUUGUUUGCCUGUGGAAUGUUUUUACGUGGAUUUACUGUGCCCUCUUAUCAGCGGCCGUUGUAAUGGCAGAGUUAAUGGCGGCUACUCCACAAUGAGUGAUGGAAUCUUUGAUGGAAUCUUCCCUAUAGUUCACAGAACCUUUCUAUUGAGUUAUUUUAGAGGCUGCUGGCUCUUGGAUUUUUCUUCUGCUCAAAGUAUGUGGACAUAUAAUGAAGCGGCUAUCGAGUUGGCGGCGGCCGUUUUUUGUAAACGAUUACAAGAGCACUAGGCCAUGAGUUUCGUGACGAAACUAAACUCCUGGCAAAGGAAACAAUAUAAAAUUCGGCUAGAUUCCUUCUUGUAUUUAUCUGGAUUCACGGCAAAGAUAAACACGACCGUUUGCUCGUCCAGAUUGUUCUCAGGGGACUUAGAGAGGCACCUUAGUACGAGUUAGAUCCUGUAAAUGCCAUGUUUUUGAACUGUUUGUGUUAGAGCAUAUUUUUGGAAAAUAGCAGAGUUUACUUUCCCUUUUUAUCAACGGACUGCAUAUAGUGGAGUAGUAUACCAAUGAUGCUUGGUUCUGUUUUUCUCGACGUCGCAGUGAUUCGGCACGAUCGAACAAUUUUGCGCGAUAAUAUAUGUUUCCCUAAGAUCAAAACAAAGACUUGAUGUCUCUUGUUCUAUCAGCAUCUAAAUUAUAAAAUCACUAGCGACAGACAAGUGUAAUUGUUAAUGAUUUGAAACAGUCUUGGUCUUUAUCUUCGGUCUAGCGUCUUUUGUAGCUCAUUUGUAAAAUACAACUUCGAUUUAUUUUUUUGAAUAAGACAAUAUGUUGUUGUUGAAUUUUUGUUUGCGCUCUAUUUUAUGAAUGGCAUGCAUUUUUACUUCAAAACUACAAGUAAAAUUGUCGUCACAAUUUUAUUCUUGAUGUAGCAUAACCAGAAAAGAAACAUUUCGUAAAUUCUAUCGAAAUAUCCCUUAUCUAAACCCAUUUCGCUUGUUAACCUCUCUAAAUUUGGAGCCUUGGACGUGACAGAGAACAAGGAGAAAGUCACGCGUUAAAAACAAUAGAGUUUUGACAGUUGAAAGUAAUUUGCAUAACCUCAGAGCACACAUGGAGAAAGUCACGCGUUAGAAACAAUAGAAUUUUGACAGUUGAAAGUAAUUUGCAUAACCUCAGAGCGCAUGCUCUCCAGCUGACAUAGCCCCUUUAAUAAUGGAGUUAGUGGAGUCCAAUUUGGUCUGUAAUCAUAUAAGUCAUUAACAAAACUGGAUGACUGCAUAGGAGGAGUCCAAUUUGUUUAAUCACUCGUAUGAUUAUAGACCUAAUUGGACAUUGUGUGACCAAUGAAUGAUUUUCGGAGACCCUCGUUAUGCGCACAGGAUUCUGGGAUCACCAGGGGGCAAACAUUGCGAGUCACUACAAAGAAAUGUAUGGCAUAAUGUAGUUUCUCCUUCAAAAGUAGUGCCUUUGGACAUAGAAUAAUGCAUUUUCCUUGUGAUUUUGUCAGAAGUGGAGGUGACUAAUAUUGGUGCAAUAAAGUCUAUCGAUAAACUCAUAAACUUUAUGUUUACUGAAUUUACGCAGUGAUUUACAUGAAGAAAAGGUCUGAAUAUAUAUAGUGCAAAUUGAAUGAAGUAACAAAGUGAUGUUCUCAUGGACUAUAAGAGUGCUCAUAUUGUUGAACUAGAGCAGAAUACAAGUAGACUGAUGGAACUGGAUUAAAUCUUGAACAUUUAUUGCUACUCAGAGUUUCAUGCCUCUUGUGUUUUUAGUGACGAGAAAUUAGCACACUAACGUUGGAAAGAUGAUUUAGUUUUUUGAAUGUUAUAAAUCGAUGCAUACCUUCGAUCGUUUCAAUCGUUGUCACGACUGGCACAGCAUUGUAAUUGCAGCCAAACUGAGUGUAGUUACACCAGGGCUCUACAUUAACAGCUGCCCGCUUGCAUGGGGCCACUAAAAAUUUUAUCCGGGCAACAAAGUCUUCACUGAAAUUUCUGUGAAAGUUGUAGGUUAACAUGACUCAGUAUUUUUGUAUCAAGUCUAUCUUUUGAUCUAUCAAAACUGUUUUAUAUUUGUGAAGGUUUGUAUUUUUGUGGGUUGUACGCGACUGCGUGAAUUAAAAACAGAUUGAAAUAUGAUCUUAAAUAGCCGCUACAAAUCAUUUUCAAAAACUGGAAUGUUUUUGCGAGCCUUUGAUAAAUGUUACCACAAAACGUACAGCAAAAAAUAGGUGUAGAUAAUGCUGAAUAAACGAGUGUAUCGUUCUUGUUUGUACCAAGAUAGAAAACAUUACAAACUUGCAAAAGUAAUGUCACGUGUAAUCAUGCAAUAGCGACCUAACAUUUCUAAUGCUGGGAGAAACAUUGUGAGUUUAAUAUCAAAGGUUUUCCGAAGACUAUUAAAUUCAUUAAAUGCCAUUUUCAGAUGAGAAUCUUCAACUGCAUUGCAGUGGAAGUCACAGAAGCGAAUUUUAAGACAAGUGCUUGCUUUUUUACCUUUUGUCAGCGAAAUAAUAUUUUGCCUACAGCCAAUGACUAAACGUUUCCCGUUUUUGUUGCAAAAGUGCCGAGCGAGCAGGGAAUUUUGUUGUUUGUUCACCAAAAGUUAGCCUGAAAAUCAUAAGUUUUAGGCAUCUGCUGGGGUUCCCCGUUUAAAAUGUUGGUCGUCUUAGGGUAAAUCAGUGCUUCUGGUGACCAGGCACCCGUUAGGCAGCAACCUUGUGAGCUCAAACCUAUUUCAAUUUGGCUCAUAAAGGUGAACAAAUUUUUGUUUACAAUAUUAUCCUCAUUUAUCCCCUGAUAACUUUGAACAUGAAUAUUAAGGAAAGUUAAUAAAAAGGUACCUGUCUUGCAGAUAUAACUUUAGUUAAUUUUUUUGUAGCGAAUGUUUUGGGAAACUAAUAUUUUUCUUCAGGCAACUAGAUUGUGCGGCUUUGUUGCCUGAAGGGCAACCAACUCAAAAAGUUAUUAUCAACCCGUGGUUACACUCGUAAAUAUGAGCACAUGUAACUACAGCUGGAAAGGCUUAAAUGAGUCAUUCUCUGCUGAUUUAUACCUAAGUUAGUACUAAACCGGUAUAUUUUGAGACCAUUCAGUAAAUUUCACAGUCAACCUUAUGCAAAAUAGACUGUUAAUCAAUAGAAUUUAUUGCAUUGAUCACCUAGAACUUGCAACUUCAACGCAUCAACAUUAGUCACCUCCGCUUCUUACAAAAUAACAGCAAAAAUGUGGCAUUCUUUGUCCAAAGACACUGCUUUUAACUGAGAAACAACUACAGUCGAACCCCGCUAUUUCGAAGUCCCAAGGGAAAUGGAAAAUAGUUCGAAAUAGCGGGGCUUCGAAAUAACCGGGGAAGCGUAAAGGGGAAGGGUAAAUCCAAGGGCAUUCGAUCUUCCUUCGAAAUAGCGGGGACUUCGAAUUAACCGAGUUUGAAAUAGCGAGGUUUGACUGUACAUGCUACACAUUUCUUUGUAGCGACUUAUAAUGUUUGCCACCAUUCAUUAAUCAUAACUAUAUCAAAAUUUGUGAGAUUUGAUCCUUUUUUGAGCAUGCCCAGUAAUGUGUCAGGUAGAUGGGUAUGGGUGUGAAAAAAUGGACAACAAUGUUUGCAUCCUUUUACCAUUUUAAGGUGGCUGAACACAGUUUUGCGGGCGGUGAGCGGUACCUUGUGUGACGGCGCAUUUUAAAUUAGACAAAUAAACAUGGCAGCAAAAAAACAAUGGUACACAUCUACUCAUUAAAAUUUUGUGAUAUUUGGCAGAAUUUUAACUUUUAUCGUAUUUUAUAUAAUGAGAACUUCAAAAUGGAAGUUGAGCAGACGAUUUGUGUGACACAUUUAAUAAUUACAAUACAAUAUUAUUAUAUCAUUGAUUAUCUAAAACCCCGUCUGUUAAAAUUUGGUCAAAUAAGUUUCAAAUGGUGAUGAUUGAUUAUAGUAAGCUGUGUGCAAGUUCAUAGGAAAAUCAAAUGAGCAAAUUUUAUGUAAACUGAGCAAAAGUGAAAUUUUAAGGUUGUAUUCAAUCGUUCAUGUUGCUAUGGAAACUAUGAAAACAUUAAAUUUUACCUGUCAAUCAAAAUCUUUUAUCAGUAUCUUUUUCACUUGCCAAGUUUCAGCUUGUAAGCUGCAAUCUUUCUCUUCCCAUGAUUUGGCAAAUGACAUAUACUCACAAACUGUUAAAACUGUGUUUAGCCACAUUAAAGGUAGGUCAUUUCAAUCCUUUGCGAUCUAUGCGUUAGUCUGUUUACAGAACCCAACAGCUCAAGAGAGUUUGCUCUCAAUCAAUAUAAGUUAUUCUCAAACCACAAUUUGAAAAUGAAAACAUCACAAACUUAUCCAGUUGAACCUCUUGUAAGCGAUCACCCAAAAUGUGAACACAAAUCAAAUCCUUUAUCUCCUAGCCCUAAUUAUUCAUGAAUUAAGGCUAGGAGACAAAGGAAAUUAAGAAUCAACCUUGGUUAAAAAAUUUUGACCUAAGCAUAAACGUCAGAAACAAGGGGUAACGGACUGAAAUAUUUGGUAAACAAAUUCAAACUCCUUGACACCCACUUUUCAUGCCCAUAUUAGAUACAUAUCUGUGCAUACCUAUGGAUUUUCCACAGGAUAAAAAAUGUAUUGAAAAUCAGGACUAGACCUCCAGGCUGGUUUGCCUAUGAGCUACUGGCCCCUGGGCCACCAGGGGCCUGCGGACCUGCUUUUAGAAAAACCCUAUUUUGUUAUUGUAAUAACUGUUUUGAGUGGUUGAAAAGUUUUUGAUGCAAACCGGAAUGUUAUUUACAAUAUAUGUAAUGAUUGCAUGGGAAUAGCAGUUUGCAAUAAAGCUGUAAUCUUUGCCAAAAUGAGUGCUACACUGUAAGUGUAACAGAACUUGUGUAUUGAACUACUUCUUGUUUUCUAGAAAGAGGAUUUGAUCUAGUUUUCCGUGCUGCUGAUGAUUCAAGCCUAACACUUGUCAAAUAUGGAGAAUUCCUGUAUCAGCAUCUAAUCAUCUUCUCCCCAUCUGUGGAAGGUAACCUCUAGUCAAAAUGUUUUGCAUUGGAUGCCUCAUAAAAUAUUGAAGCCACCUGUUCUGUCCUGGUAAAAUCUCCUUAUACGGGGUGGAGUUUGCUUCAUACCCUUCAACACCUACAGGAGGAAAGCUUUUCAGUGCUACAUACUUCGAGAGGAUGAUUCUUUAGCCUGUUUUACAAGGUUUUAACAUAAUGACAUGGGUGUUGUCAACAGGAUUUGUAGGGAAUAAAGAAAGAGCACUGGAUUGCUUGUAAUGAAUUUAGUUCAUGUUGUUGAACAUAUCCUAUUGCUAUAAUUAUAUGCUGUUCUUGUAAAAUAAUAAUUACGGUAUCAUUGUCCUCAAAAGAAUAGAUAUUAAUCUUGUGUAUUACCUAUGUAAGUCAGUUUACAUACUAUGAUUUGUCAGUCUGAAAAGAUACACAGUGUAUGGCAAAAACAAAAUUUCAAUGUACACAAGAUUGGCCUGAUAAGUCAUAGUUUGUAAAUUGGGAGCUGGCAAAUUGGCCAACAAUAAUGGUUGAAGUAAUUCUGGCAUUUACAAUAUAAAUUCACUCUUGAUAAACAAUAAUAGAUUGAAGGCUUGUUUGAUGAGAAUUGUUGUUGUUUUGUUACAUCUUUUUUUAAUUUCAGAAUUUGGUGGAUCUCUUAAUGUAAGAGCCAUAACAGACUUUAUUGAUGGAGGAGGGAAUGUACUAGUUGCUACCAGCUCUGCCAUUGGUUAGUUAACCUCUUUCUUUAGUAGCUAAUCAAAGUCUUCAUUUUGCAAAAAUGAAGCUUAACCAGUUUAGCUGCUGAACACAUGAGGGAAGGUAGUCUUUCCUUAAUCAUAACUGUUGAUGUUUAUCAGGUGACCCUAUCAGAGAACUGGGAAGUGAGUGCGGUGUGGAAUUUGAUGAAGAGAAGACCUCUGUAAUUGAUCACAUCAACCACGAUGUCUCUGAUUUGGACCAGGUAAAACAAUAAUAUUAUAAAUAACUUGAACAUACCACAAUAUUAGCAGCUGUGAUUUAAACAAAAUUGGUCGUGAUCUUUAUAUAAUCUUGCUAAUAUCUUGUAAGACAAUGGGGAAUAUAGCUGAUUCAUUAAAGGUUGCUUUUAGCAUUGGGCAUUUGGGCAUGCAGAACAAUACAAUGAUUUGCCUGACUGACCACCAAACAACAGCUUCCUAGUGCCCAAUUCCCGAUGUCAAAAGCAACUUUUAUCGAAUCAGCUAUAUAACAAGGAAAAGCCUUUUGCCAUUAAAAUAGGCAAAGGUUCCUUUAGUUCUGUUUUUUUGGACAAAAGACUGUCAAUGUGAAGAUUUGUUUAGUGUUACUACAGUAGUAAUCAGGUGCACAAAACUAUAUUAUGCCGAUUUAUGACUUUAGGGUUUUUUUGAGGCCUGUAAUAAAAAUGGCAACACUUUAUUGAUUCCUGCAAAGAUUGUUUGAAUGUUUAUUUGCAGCACACACUGAUAGUUGCUGACCCUUCAAAUGUCAUUAAAGCAAACAAAAUAACGGGACCUCAGUUUACAAACCCUUUGCUGUUUCAAGGAGUUGGGUGAGUUUAAUUCACUUACUGGCAAAUUUUUGUGUUAAUCUUUGGUCACUCAGUUUAUGGAACUUUACGCAUACAUCAGAAUUGUAAAAGUGGGAGUUUAUUAUGAGAGAUCAUCCCCUCUCAACUAAGUUAUUGUUAUUGUUUUUUUAAAGUCGUACAAUAAUAAUUAUUGUAUUGUAUUAUUUUUUGUCAAGGUAGAUACUUGUUAACUUGAAAUAACUUUUGAAACAUGUUUAAUUUAAUUUUAAAUUUAUUCUAUGCAAAUAGUAAUAAGAAAAUAAAUUUAUAAAUAAAAACAAUUUUUAGACAGUGAUAAAAAAUGCUUUGUUUUUAGUGCAAGGGCACCUAGCUGUUCAAGCCAGUUUACAGGCACUUAAGCUUCACACAUCAAGUAACCACAAACAAUUAAUAGAACAAAUAGUUGUAAUUUAGCAUAACGUGGUAAAAAAUCACAGGCAGCAGGCAAACCAGCUGGCUUACUGUAACUACAAGUUAUGCAUGGCUGAGGAGUUGAACUUGAGACAACCAAGAAACAAAUCCAGCUAACAAGAAAGAGAUUUGACCUCUGAUAUUGUACUGACCACUUAGCCAUGCUCCCUCCCUUAUCCUCUUUUAGAGUAGAACCAUCAGGACAAUGCUUUAUAAUAUACAUACUGAGAUAUACUCGAUGAAAGGCUGUGUUGUAUAAUUUUCAUACGCAAGUGAGCUCUAACCAAUCAGAGGAGCGAACAAUGUUUAUCACAUGUGAAAAAAGUGAUACAUCCAAUCAGAAUUACGAAUGAUGUUUUUUCACAUGUUAAAAAAUGAUACAUCCAAUCAAAAGCUAAAGAGGUGUGUGAGUUUCGUACCAAAAUUCUCACCUUUUGUCGGUGUUAGCAGCUUGCAGUGCCCUUGCAUUUUCAAUUGCUUUGCAGACAUUAAUUUUAGCGAGAAAAGACCACGAUGCAGAGCUUCUCUCUUAGGCCCGGUUCAGACGCCAAACUUUUCAUGGGCUGAACCUAAUACAUUGAAUUAAGUACAGAUGAAAAGUUCGGCGUCCAAAACAAUUAGGAAUGCAUAUUUCAAUUUGGCUUUCCCUUAGCAUGGCCAGGAAUUUAGACUGUGGAAACGACUUUGAUUGAGACGUCAAACUUUUCAUGUGCCUGUUAACCUAGUACAUAAAUCAUAGUAACAUAUUUUGCGAUCAGUUUGAUCAAAGUGAGCAUUUUUCUUCUUUUGAAUCUAGUUCAGCUUGAAUUAAGAUCAGCGUCUGAAUCAAUUCAGCCGGUCAAAUUUAGGUGAUAAUUUAGGUGGCCCUAAUUCAAAUUAGGUCCAGCUCAGUUUGGCGUCUGAACCGGGCCUUCUAAAAAAGUGAAAAACAUCUCAGAAACUGGAGUGAAAUAAUUGCGUAUAUUUCAUUGUGGAUGAAGAAAAUUGUGGAGAGCCAUCAAAUCAACAGUGGAAGGGGAAAAACAGGAUGAAAAGUAAGCUAAUUUUAACCCAUUCGCUCCUGGAGAUUUUGCCGAAAAACAUGUUUUGAAGCUAGUUGAGUGGUUUUCUGGUCACUGUCGUGCUAUAAAGAGCUAAAACUUAACUAACUAACUUUUUGUUAUUUUUAGAAUGACUGCUGAUCCUGAGAAUCCCUUGGUGCUAGAAGUGCUGACAGCAUCAUCCACAGCUUAUUCCUACUAUCCUGAUGUCAAAAUAUCUGAGGUAUAAAUAAUAAAUACUGAGUAGUGGUAAUUGUUGUGGGGUUUCCUGUGCCAUCUAUCUGUCCAUCCUGUUAAAAAUCAACUUCAAAAGGCAAAAGUAAAAUCCUGCCGGAAUUUGACUUGGUUGUGAAGGAAAGCCAGCUCUCUUGAAAUGGCUGCUGCAGUGUGAAAAUCAAUUAACCCUAUCACUACUGAAUCAGAAGUAAUAGUAAUAAUAAUAAUAACAAUAAAAGCUUUGUUUAUAUUGGAGAUAUCUAUCAGCAUUAUACAAUGCUGGUCUUAACAAGAUGUCCAGUAAAUAAAAUUUAUAAUAGUAUUAUUCUAAAUUACAUUUCAAAGGCACUAAAAACUGCAAAGAUAAGACUACUAAAAACUAACAAUGAAAAUAUUAUGAACCACUAAAAACUAUUCAAAACAAUAGAAAUAAAUCCAACUAGUUACACUGUACAGUUAUGAUUACUAAUGUCACUGUCUCUCAGUUGUUUAAAAAGAUUGAAUUUAAAAGAGCCUGUACUAGUUGUUUCCUGAGUUCUGCAGGGAAUGAGUUCCAGUCACUUGCACCAGCAAUUUGGAAAGUCUUUCUUCCUGAAGAAGUCUUAGAUUGUGGUACGUCGAGAGUGCCUUGGUUCCGCAGAUUUCUGUUUUGGAGCUCAGCCCUACUGGUUAGGUAACCCUCUAGUUGCUUAGGGCAGUCUUGGUUGUUUACAAUCUUAAAAAUAAAAACAAAUCUGAGGAAUCGUCUCCUAUUGUACAGUGUUAACAGCCCUAGAGUGUUCCUCAUGUAUUGUGUGCAGGUGGCUCUGUUGGCCCUCAUAAUAACCCUCAUGGCUUGGUUUUGAAGUUGUUCAAGUUUAUUUGAUACGGACUUUUACAUUCAUGCCAUACGAUAAAUCCUUAAUCAAUCACUGGGAGGUUUUUUUGUUUGUAGAUCCUCAGAAGUAUCUUUGUGUCUAAAAAGCCAGCAAGUCUAUUUAAGAGUGCUAUUUUUGGUGAAAUUCUUUCAAUUAACUGUGAUAUGUGAGGUUCCCAGUGAAGAUGGCUG